AUGGCAGACGCACUCUACGAGCUGCUCGUCCCUCACUUUGAUGCCGCCGAAGGCUCUCCUCGACUAUCAUCACCACCACCACCACCCGCGACGAGCUCGACCACAGCGCAGUAUCUCAACCACAUACCAACGCUAGAUACAGCUUCAUUGACGUCGACGGAGCUUCAGUCGCUCUCGCAGGUCUCUCAUUCGAACCUCGUUUCCCUCCAGGCGCUCGCCAACAGAUCCCACAAGACCUUCAUCACAUCCGCAGACAACCACCGGUCACUGCAGAAAUCACUCCCACAGCUGGCCAGAGAGACGCAACGGCUCCGAGAUGCCAUACCGAAGCUCGACGAGGAAGCCGUGCGCUUCUCUUCGACGUACAGCAAGACAGGGGACAGCCAGAUACUGGAGAGGCGAAAGAAGGCGCUCCAGCUCGCCCGCAAUGUGGACAGGCUAUCUGAUAUCCUAGAGCUACCAACUCUGCUUUCUACGGCCGUCUCAUCUUCCUCGGGAGCGUCGUCUGCUGGUGCUGGUAGUGGUGCUGGCAGUGGCACUGGUGGGACGUUGUCCUCAAGCAGCCUGUCGAGUACGUCCAAUUACUCGGCUGCACUGGACUUGUUUGCCCAUAUAAAGAGACUACAGACACUAUAUCCCGAGUCGCCGCUGGCCAGGGAUAUAACAAAUCAGGCCGAAGAUGCUAUGAAAGAUAUGACUACCAAUUUGAUCUCUGAUCUCAGAGUACAGAACAUUAGGCUGGCACCUGCAAUGAGGAUCAUAGGGUGGCUACGGCGUAUUGCCCCGGAUCUUGAAGAGCCAUCGAGUACCAAGUCCGCAAGCGGUGGUAGUACGAGUGAAGGUGCCUAUGGUGCUUUGUUCCUCGUCUGCCGUCUGGCGAACCUUUUGAACAUGCUAAGUGCCCUUGAGCCACUGCGGGAACUGGCAGAUCAAGAGACCCUCCGGAGACGACAGAAUACCACCAAGGGGGAAACCAGCGAGGGAUCGAAGAAUAAUAAUACAUGGUCUGGUGGGCAGCAAACAGAACGGUUUUUGAAGAAAUAUAUUGAAAUAUACCGAGAGCAAAGCUUUGCUAUUGUGUCUUUGUAUAAGAACAUAUUCGCGCCUGGGACUUUAGACCCAGCUACCAAACAGCAAGAAACGGAGGAGGAAGAGCUGUCCGAGGCAUCGAUGCUAUCCCAGCUGCCCCCAGCACUGGCUACGUUCCCCAUGCAUCUGGCACAGCUCCUGGCCGAGACGCUGGAGGAAUACCUGCCGAAUGUGAGGGACAAGAGUUCGCGAGAGAGCCUGCUCACCCAAGUACUCUACUGCGCCGCCAGUCUGGGCCGACUGGGGGGAGACUUUACCAUGAUGCUCUCCCUCUUGAGUACAACCGGGGGAACGGACCAAGACGACGAGGACGGAGACGAAACCGAAGCAGUGCCGGAGUGGGAGGAGGCCAUCCGCAAGCACCGCAUCCUGGCAGAGCGUCUAGACCUGUUGACGGCCGGCAGUGAAGCUGCUGGGGGUGCCGGGGCAAAGGGAUCUUCUCCAUCAAAGUGA